UUACAGGGCAAAGGUUUGGAUUUGGUUCACACAUUUGUUUUAGGUUUCACCUUCCUAAUGGACUCAAGCUUGACAUUCUUUUUUGUGUUCACACGUAUGCUACACACAUGGAUAAAAGGCUUCUGUGUCUUCAAGUCUUACUUGGAGGGCUCAGAUUUGCUGCAAAUCUCUCCAUUUCCUCAUCAUCAGAAGGUUUAAUUUCUUGGCUUGCUCUCUACCUACUUGUUUCGUAUGUAUUUUCGGGUACUAAUGAUUCGAGUGAGCAGAAAGAAGAAGAGAUGGUGAGAGGAAAGACCCAGAUGAAGCGUAUAGAGAACGCCACAAGCCGGCAAGUAACUUUCUCAAAGCGGCGAAAUGGGUUGCUGAAGAAGGCUUUUGAGCUAUCAGUUCUGUGUGAUGCUGAGGUUGCUCUUAUAAUCUUCUCUCCAAGAGGGAAGCUCUAUGAAUUUGCUAGCUCCAGGUACUCACCAUUCUUCUCCUCCUUCAACUUUCCCUUUCCUUCUUCUUCUUCUUCUUCUUUAAUUAAUUGUCUGAUUGCUUCUGCUUCCUGUAAUUUUAGCACCCCCUCAUGA